AUGGCGGCCACAGAUGCAGAAGCGUCAUACAUCGACUACGAGGCGUUCGCAUCGCCAGACUUUCAUGCACCCUCCUUCGCCAACACGCUUGUUCUUUCCACCAACGAUGCCAACGACACCUCCCUCGACCUCUCUACACCACUAUCGCGUGUCUUGUUUGAUGUACAAGAAGUCGAUACGCACAUUGAUUCCCUCACCACCUCGUCAGCAUUACCUCUACUGAAGCAUACAUCGACCCGCGCGAAAGCCAGCACCCACGUCCUCGACACUCUCGAAUCUCAGGUCCAGGGAUUACAACAGGCAUACACAAGACUACACCAAGAUGUGGUAGAAAGAUAUGAGCAGGCCGACCAAGUACGUCUCGCAGCGGACAGGUUGGCCAACACACUACGACUUGCCAGAGCGGUCGCAAGAUGUCUACAGAUUGGGAGGACGUUAGAGAGCAGCAUGGCUGAAACGGACAAGCCGCGUGAAGGAUACCGAACUCUUGCACCCGCAGCUAGAUUGGUCCUGUCACUCAGACAGACCUUGUCUCCUGGCGACGUGGCUGAGGCAAGAUUGUUGGCGCGUGUAAAUGCCAUUACCGCGCUACGGACCGAACUACUCGACCCCUCUGAGCGGAGUCUGCUGGCAAAAUCCCAGCAGAAUGUGCGCGAGUUCAGCAUGUCGACUCUCACUGGCUCGUCCGGAGGAGCAGGCUCGGUGUUUGCACAGCACGACGAUACAAGAGCAAGGACACUAGCUGCACUACACACACUAUACCUACUAUCUCCAGUGAGCUUGCCGCCGAAGUCUUCUACCGUGCAAGGAGCCACUUUCAACCCAACUGUACUCGUGGCGGCAUUGCAGUCAUAUCUGCAGACCUCACUUACAGCAUCAGUCACCUCCUUAGCACGAGCUCUCGCUACUCUCCCAACGCUUGAUCGAACACUGCUUGACAUCAGUGCAAGGUGCCAAAAUAUAGUGGCAUUGGAGUCGUUGCUAUCAACUGCGAAGCCCCCGGUGCACCCUCUUUUACCCGUUGCCACAGACAGCACUACAUCUGUUUCGCUCGAACCUCCGACCAGCUUCUUGGGUCCUCUUCUCGCAGCUCUAGAUACUUCUUCUCUUCCAUCAUACUUCUGGCGUUCUCUAGCUUCCUCUCUGGCACCCAGGGUGCAGGAAAUCGUUGCUCGUGGGGGUGUUAGCGCACGAACUUUGAAGACGAAUAAAGACAAAGUCCGGGAUGCGGUCAAGGAAUGCGUGCAUAGAGGCAGUCAACUGCCGUCUUCAAUGGGUUCAAAGAAGGUGGUAGGAAACUGGGAGAGGGAGGCUGCCGUUAUGGUGGGUAGUAUCAUUGGUUCUCUAGGUCGAUAG